GCAAGCCGCAACGCAGGGAAUUUGUGUUUUCGGCAAAUUCGUCAACGUUUGCUAAGAUUUACAGGGAUUUGUGCGUUAAUUAAUAGAAAACAACAGAAAUGGCAGAUAAGGCGCAGGAGCAGAGCAUCAUGGACAAGUCCAUGCGGUCGGUUUUUGUGGGCAACAUACCCUACGAGGCCACCGAGGAGAAGCUGAAGGAGAUUUUCAGCGAAGUGGGCCCGGUUCUGUCGCUCAAACUGGUCUUCGAUCGGGAGAGCGGCAAGCCCAAGGGAUUCGGCUUCUGCGAGUACAAGGAUCAGGAGACGGCUUUGAGUGCCAUGCGGAACCUGAAUGGCUACGAAAUCGGAGGACGAACGCUCCGCGUGGACAACGCCUGUACGGAAAAGUCGCGCAUGGAGAUGCAGCAGCUGCUCCAGGGCCCCCAGGUGGAGAAUCCCUACGGCGAGCCCUGCGAACCGGAGGAUGCGCCCGAGCUGAUCACCAAAACGGUGGCUUCUUUGCCGCCGGAGCAGAUGUACGAGCUGAUGAAGCAGAUGAAGCUCUGCAUAGUGAGCAAUCCGUCGGAGGCGCGCCAAAUGCUGAUGCUCAAUCCCCAGCUGGCCUACGCUUUGCUCCAGGCGAUGGUGGUCAUGCGGAUAGUGGAUCCGCAGCAAGCACUUGGCAUGCUGUUCAAGGCCAACCAAAUGCCGCCUGUGCUGGGUGGCAAUCCGCACCAGGGAUCGGGCAACAUCUCCAUGCAGCAGCAGCAGGGACCCAUUCCCCAGCAGCAGCAGCAGCAGCCUGCUCCACAGCCACCCAUGCCCGUUCCCGGACCAGGCUUCCAAUCCAAUGUCCAUCCGAACGACAUCGAUUUGCGCAUGGUGCCCGGCGGCGGUCCCAUGCCGCUGGAUCCCCGGAUGAUGGCCCGCGGCAUGGAUCAGGAUCUGCGUGGAGCUCUGCCCAAUCCGGUGCCGCCGCCACUGAUGGAUCCCCGGACGCGAGCCCAGAUGCCCGCCCAGCAGCAGGCGCCGCCGGCUCCCUAUCCCAGCGAUCCGCGCCAGCGUCCCAUGGAUCCGCGACUGAGGGCAGGUCCUCAGGGACCCCAGGCACCGCCGCAGGGGAUUCCCCAGGCGCCGCCGCCGACGCAACAGCAACAGGCGGCCGCCCAGCAGCUGCAGAGCCGCCUGGGCGCCCACGGAGUCCUGCCGUCGGAUGCCUCCGACCAGGAGAAGGCGGCCCUCAUCAUGCAGGUGCUCCAGCUGUCCGACGAGCAGAUCGCCCAGCUGCCCUCCGAGCAAAGGGCCAGCAUCCUCAUGCUCAAGGAGCAGAUUGCCAAGAGCACGCAGCGUUAAUUUCCAUUUUUCCACUUAUCAAGCAUGCUUACAAUAUGAUUAUACAUUUGAAUCGAUUAAUAAAAAGAACAUUCUCACACCCGGA